GGCGGGGCGGCCGUUGCCAGAGAAGCCACUUGCUGGUUACCAACUCCGCUUUGUCCCGCUUGCACCUCGUUGGGCAUUCUGCCACUGGAAGCCGUUGUAGGAAUUCGCCUGCUUUCUGCGUCGAGUCCUUGCCUUCCUUCCUAGCUUUCACCCACUGCACUGCCCGCCGCGUCCCGCUCCGUUCUAGCCGACCCAGGGCUGGAGAACACAGAUGAAAAAAAUUAAAGAGAAGACCUGGUGGGAAAGCAGCCCCAACAGAGUGACCAAAGGGGUCCUAAAUUAAACAAACAAAACCCCCCACCUAUUUCAGCUUAUGUGGAGAACUUGUUGUGGAAGCCACCUAUAAAUCCAUUUACCGAAUUUAUGGAGAAGCCUGCAAACGAUGGAAGUCAUUCAGAAGAACUCUUUUCCCAUUUUAAAAGUAUACCAGAGAAAGAACAUUUACCACGGCAUGCCAGUGAAAGUCAUCUCAGCUGCCUAAAGCAGGACAUCCUAAAUGAGAAGACCAAAUUGGAAGCAACAUUUAAGGAAGCCGAGUUAGCAACUUGUUCUGUAGAAUUACUUUUGCCGUUAUUUAAGGACACCAUUGAAGAGAUUAGUUUUGAAAAUACUGAUCUUUCUGCAUCCAAUUUGAAGAUUUCUAAACAGAAGGAAAUAUUGAGAAAAGAAUUAGACACUUUUAAACUUUUAAAACAAACUUUAGAACAUCUUCUUAGAAAGACAGAACACCAACAAAGAGGGGACAGUUUAUCCAACUUGUUAGAGAAGCUAGCUGAUAAUGAAAGUGAAAACACUAAUCUUAAGACGAAGGUACUUGAAAAGGAGACCUAUAUCCAAGAACUUUCUUGUUUGUUUCAGAAUGAAAAGGCAAAUGCUUUGAAAGCAAGCCGGUUUUCACAAUCAGUAAAAGUAGUACAUGAACGACUACAGUUCCAAAUUCAUAAAAAGGAAGCAGAGAAUGAUAAAUUAAAAGAACACAUAAAGAGCUUAGAAACCAAAAUAUCAGAAUGGAACUUGCAAUUGAAAAAGAGUACGCAUGAAGCUGUAACGAUGAAAGAAUCAAGUAGGCAAAAAGCUAUAGCUCUAAAAAAGGCAUCUAAAAUUUACGAACAAAGGAUUAAACAUUUUACUAGAGACAUGGAAAACCUUACUUCCCAAAUUAGAGAGCAGGAAGCCAAGUUGUCUGAAACAGUUUCAGCUUCGAAUGCCUGGAAAAGUCAUUAUGAGAAAAUUGUAAUAGAAAACACUGAAUUGGAAUUUCAGAUCGAAACAAUGAAAAAGCAAAUUAUUAAUCUUUUGGAAGACCUGAAGAAAAUGGAAGACUGUGGAAAAAAUUCAUGUGAAGAAAUUCUUAGAAAACUUCACUCAAUUGAAUAUGAAAAUGAAACUCUGAAUCUUGAGAAUACAAAAUUAAAGACUACACUAGCUGCUUUGAAGGAUGAGAUUGCCUCUGUUGAAAAUGAACUCUUAGAAUUGCAAGAAGUAGAAAAACAACAGAAAACCCUUAUUGAAGUUUAUAAAACUCAGAUACAGAAGUUGCAAGAAGCAGCUGAAAUUGUGGAAAGCAGAUGUGAAAAUUUGCUACAAGAGAAUAACCUAAUAACAAAAAACAAAAAUAAAAAAUUAAAGAAGGUUGAUGAAAAUCAUGAUCUUCUGACAAAGCUUUCUCUGGAAGAGGAAAAUUACCUUAUUCAGUUGAAAUGUGAAAACCUUAAACAAAAAUUAGAACAGAUGGAUGCAGAAAAUAAAGAGCUUGAAAAGAAGCUGGCAAACCAAGAAGGAUGUCUUAAGCAUACCAAUCUUGAGUUUAAAGAGAAAUCUGCAGAAUAUAGAGCAUUGGCCAGACAGCUGGAAGCUGCUUUAGAAGAAGGAAGACAAAAGGUUUCUGAAGAAAUAGAGAAAAUGUCAUCUAGAGAAAGGGCUUUACAAAUUAAAAUAUUAGAUCUGGAAACUGAGCUUAGAAAGAAAAAUGAAGAACAAAAUCAACUUGUUUGCAAAAUGAACAGUAAAGCACAACAUCAGGAAGUAUGUUUGAAAGAAAUACAACGUAGUCUUGAAAAGUCGGAGAAUCAAAAUGAGAGUAUUAAGAAUUAUUUACAGUUUCUUAAAACUUCUUAUGUAACAAUGUUUGGAUAAGUUGUUGGAUUUAUUUUCUAUAAGCAAUAGGUUUUUACUAUGAGUCUAAAAAGUAAUUAGGUAAAAAUUAAAUAAAUAUACUAUCUGUUGCUAUAUUUUAUGAUUUAUGGGUGGUACUAUUAGGGUUUUUAUCUAAAGAUUUUUGAAACAUAAUUUAUUAUCCAAUUGAAACUUUAAAACAAGAUAAAUGUUAGUAUUCCCUUUUUGCUGGAUAAUCUUCACUUAGCUCUGGAUUAAUAUCUAUUUAAUUUAUUUUGGGUUUUGGAAUAUUUUACACACAGAAAAGAAGCCAGAAUCAUUCUUUGUGACUGUAGCAACCAUUCAAGUGAAUUUGUAAUAAACCUAGGCCAAUUAUGAGCCAAAUACAUGAUUUUAAAUAAUGUAUAUAAUUGUUUUACAUGAUGGUACUGUAUAUUUGUAUAUUAAUAAAGGAAAAUAUUCUGGAUAUUAUUUUUAAUAAUGAUAUAAUUGCAUAGUUUCUAAAGAUACCAAAUGUCUCAGUGUACUUAAUAUUGUUUCAAAUAUGCUGAGAUGCCAUUAUAAUUUCUGUGAGGUUUUAAAUAUAGAAUUUUAAGUCAUGGCUACUAAAUGCCAACUGAUGGUAACAGGUGAAAGUAUGUUGGCAUGCGUUGUUUCUUUAUAAAGAAUAGGCAUUUAGGCUCUCCUAUAAAUUCAUAGUCUCUUUUGCUCUUCAUCUUAUGUUAGUGAUUGUCUGAUAUUAUUAGUGUAGACAUUCUGAAACCCCUGAGUUAAGUGAAAGAUUAAAGGGGAAUAACUUGUCCCACCCCUACCCAUGGCCAACUCACAUGGGAUGAUCAAAAUAAACACUCUUAAUCCCAGGAAGCUUUAGAAUAAGGUGUUUGUUAUUGGGAUGACGUAGAAGAGCUACCAAGAACAUGUUCUCUGUAAUCUCCUACCCUAUGUGUCAAGGCAGGAUACUCUAAAAGGGGAUGGAUGUAAUUGACAAGGGAUCAAGUAGUAGUGACUCCUCUCAGAGAAAGGCUUGAGAGCUGUUUAUUCAAAGAACACUCAGGUCUCAAAAGAUUGUUCAAAGAGGCAAGUUGUGUACUACACAGUCCAGCCUAUGAACAGAGCUCAGUCCCCACCAAGAUGUUUUAUCCAUUUCUGACCAGAAAUGGGGGCCUGCUUAUCUCUGGUCCCCUCACUCCUAAGACUGCCAUAUCAUCUGCAGGGGCUUACUUCCCUGUGACCCAACUGCUUCAUAGUAUUUUUCUUAAAAUAGCAAAAUAUAGUAAUUUCAGAAAUUGGCCACAUUUUUUUCCCAACAACUGCUAACAAUAUUAGAGUUGCCUUUUAAUUUUAAAUCAUAGUACUUGUGGUACUAAAACACAUGCUUGACCCUUGUGGUCCUUUCUUCAUCUCCUAAGGCAAAGACAGCCUUAGGAAAUACGUGAAAGAAAACUAAGAUUCUUGAGUAUUUCCCACUAGACUGUGAACUCUUUAAGGGCAGAACUGUAUCUUAUUUGUGAUUCUGUUUCAGCCACCACAUAAUACCUGGUAUAUGGAUACUCAGUCGAUGUUUGUGAAUAGGUAGAUAGAUCGGUGUUAAAAGAGGGAGGUAUUCAUAUUCCUGUCUUAGAUAUGACAAAAUGUAAGCAUAGAGGGGUUAACUUCUGUGGCUGUGAUAUAAAACUCCUUGGGUUUUAAAGUUGGCAUUUGAACUCAAGCCUUCUGACUCCAAAAUUAAAGUUCUACGUACAAUACUUUUUUCCUGUCGUAAGCAGUGACAGCGGCAGUAGCCCAGCAGCAGCAUUGCUGUGAUUUAUUGAGUACGAGUCUGUGCCAAAGUUCUGACCGUAGUACAUGUAUUAAUUCAUUUAAUCUUUAUGUCUGAUGAGAAAGGUGCUAUUAAUUACAGUUACUUUUCAGGAAACCAAAACACAGAAAAGUUAAGUAACUUGCACAAGGUCACACAGCUAGUAAGUAGCAGGCGUCCAGAGUCUCUGCUCUUAACUAUGACCAUACUACCUUCAUGUAUAUUUCAUAAAUAAAGGUAAUGGUUUCUUUUAACAA